AUGGAGGAAGACUGUAAGGUAAAGUGAUUAUUGAUUGAUUUUUUUGUUUGCAGAGGAUUCUAAAGAGGAAAACUGUUUGUAUUUAAUUAAUUGAUCAGGACAUUGAUCAACAUAUCAGCAGAAAUCAUGUAGACAUGCUGGAGUUGAUUGAUCACAGACCAUCAGUUUGGGGGUUCUAGAGAAGAGACUGGACUGUUGCAUUGAUUACCAAUAAUAGUCAGAAAUAAUCUCAGGUAUGUAUUGAUACUGCUAAUGAUCGGUCAACAGGAAACCUUCAGCUUGUUUCUCUGUUUGAUUGAAUCGAUCAGAAAUGAAUAAAUAGACUCUAAAUUCAGCAGCUCCACUUGAACCUCAAACUAAGAGAAAAGUCGUGUUUGAAUGACCUUCAAACUCUUUGACAUCAAUCCUGGAAACAUAUUUUUACUGAAUGUCCUUCUUUAUUGAUUGAUUGAUUUAGUGUUUUAAUUAUUUCAUUUGCUGUUUGCUCUGUUUUUAAUCUUUUCUGAUUCUAACGUUUAUAUUUGAGUUCUUCCUUUAACGAUGUCUCUUGUUUUGUCUCCGAUUUACAGCUCGAGAUUUUCAAUGUUUGUGAAGCUCUGUGUAACGUCUUUUUUGAUAAGUACUAUAAUGAUAACAAUAAUAAUAAUAAUAAUAAUAAUGAUUAUUAUUAUUAUUAUUAUUAUUAUUAUUAUUAUUAUUAUAGUAAUAAUAUUAAUAAUAAUAAUUAUUAUUAUUAUUGUUAUUAUUAUUAUUAUUAUUAUAGUACUAAUAAUAAUAAUAAUGAUUAUUAUUAUUAUUAUUAUAGCAAUAAUAUUAAUAUUAAUUAUUAUUAAUAUUAUUAAUAUUAUUAUUAUUAUUAUUAUUAUUAUUAUUAUUGUUAUUAUUGUUGUUGUUGUUGUUUUACCGGUCUGGGCCUAUACCAGUGUUUGCCUUGAGCAGUCCACUCUAAAGAUUGUCCGAGUCCAUAUCAGGUCUUACAUGAGCCCUACAAGAGUUAGUGUCUGUAACUGACUUGUACCUGUAAAUUGUUCCUGGAGUCUGGGACCUGUUUACUUACAGCACACACACACACACACACACACACACACACACAAACACACACACACACCCACCAUCUUUACAGAGUUCAGAUUUCACCUGUCGGCCUACAUGCUGCCAUUGUACUCUGAUCUAUUCUGCUACAGCAGACUCUUUUAUCCAAAGAUCUAGACAAGAGGAACCAAAAUCUGUGAGAGCAACAAGCGCUUCAGGUCCAACACAGUGUAAAAGGAAACACACACGAGUGAAUAAAGGAUUUUUUUAUGAACAUCAACAACUGACCAACCAAUCAUCAAUUUAGGAUUUCAUCUUCAUCAUCAAUUACACUGUCUUUGCCACAAUAAAGUACCAGGUACUGGGUCACUCACAAAGAGUCCAGCAGGACACUGUGAGUCAACUAUAGCUGGGAGACUCACUCAACCACUGGGAACAGUGGUUAGGACCAGUCUAGUUAGUGCGCGGUGUUCUCUAAAGAGCUGGGCCUGUAUCUGCGUUUGGACAGUAGAGACGUCUACUCUGUUCUAGAUCCAGCCAGAGGUCCAGUUCAACACUGAACACAUUCAGAGAGUCUGCAGGUCUGUCCCACCUUGUCUCUGUCCUCAGCUGACGUCAGUGACUCUGUCCUCUUAAUUCAGACAUGAAGAACAGCCGUCCUUUAAAAUCCUCGGAUUAUUCCUUUAUUUUCAUAGAACAGAUUUAUAUCAAAUGUCCGUUUUCUCUGUUUUAUUCUUUGUCUAAAAUUGAUCUGCUUUUACAUGAACAUGCCUGUCUGGUCAUCUGUCCAAUCAGACCCAAGAUUCCCUGUCAGAGGGGCGGAGCCAAAAGACAGCCAGGCUCAGCCUUCCAAUGGGGGAAAGUGUAAAGAGUGACCACCCAAUCAGAGUGCAGAAGGGGGGCUCAGACAUGAUUUACACCAUUGAGGACGUCCCACCGUGGUACCUGUGUAUACUGCUGGGCCUCCAGGUACACUGGGGCACACUGGGGGGCAUAGUGGGGUACACUGUAGUAUACGAGGGAACACUGGUGAAAACUUUGGCUUCAGGUUCAAUGAAUAAAAAAAAAACGUUUGAGUCAUGGGGGGUUGAUGAGGUGGGACAUUAAAGACACCUGUUACCUGUGCUCAUAUCCCCCCCAGCAUUACCUGACGUGUUUCAGCGGCACUGUGGCGGUGCCCUUUCUCCUCGCCGAGGCCAUGUGUGUUGGUCAGGACCAGAACACCAUCAGUCAACUGAUAGGAACCAUUUUCACCACUGUUGGAAUCACAACCCUGAUCCAGACCACCGUGGGAGUCAGGUGAGACUGGACCAGGUGAGACUGUAAGAGAAAGGUGAAAACAUAAAGCAGGACACACUAAAAUGUGUGUGUGUGUGUGUGUGUGUGUGUGUGUGUGUGUGUGUGUGUGUGUGUGUGUGUGUGUGUGUGUGUGUGUGUGUGUGUAAAGACUCCCACUGUUUCAAGCAAGUGCAUUCGCCUUCCUAGUCCCUGCCCAGGCAAUCCUCGGUCUGGACCGUUGGAAGUGUCCCAGUGAGGGUGAGACUUUCUGUUCGAUGUUUAUAAUGAUGAUGAUGAUGAUGAUGAUGAUGAUGAUGAAUAAUGAUGAUGAUGAUGAUGAUGAUGAAGAAGAAUGAUGAUGAUGAUGAUGAUGAUGAUGAAGAAUAAUGAUGAUGAUGAUGAUGAUGAUGAAGAAGAAUGAUGAUGAUGAUGAAGAAUGAUGAUGAUGAUGAUGAUGAUGAAGAUGAUGAUAAGUUGCAUGGUCUGGUUGUCCCCGGCAACAUUUUACUGCUGAAAAAUAACACACUGAUGCCGUGGGAUUUGGACCAAUCAGAAUCAAGUUUGUUAGGCUUGAAGACGGUCUGGUCAUGAGUGGGACGAACCCUCAUGUUUUUUUUUUGUGUAUUUCAUUCUGACAAACUCGAUGUGAUUCAUCUUUAACAGUCAGAGGUUUGUUCUUUUCUGCAGAGGAGAUUUAUGGGAACUGGAGUCUUCCACUGGACACAUCACAUGUCUGGCAGCCACGCAUCAGAGAGGUUAACCAAUCAUUCAUUCAUUCAUUCAUUCAUUCAUUCAUUCAUUCAUUCAUUUUACAGUGACAGUUUUGUUUAUCUGAUAAAAGUCCUCUCCUGUAAAUCUGGACUUUGAUUUGCUGUUUCUGCAGAAGUUCAUUCAAGUGUACGAUGAGUAUAUUUAUUUGACACUACAGCUGUGGAAGUAUACUUGAAGUUGACUUUUUAUAAACUAGAUUUGGUGUAGGAGUGUAAACCAUGUCUAAGUACAUUAACACUAAGACUUUUAUUAUAAUAAUCAAAUCAAGUCCAAUUUUAUUUCACUUUUCAUGCUAAUAAGAAAAUGCAGCACAAAGUGCCGAACACCCCGUCAGUCAUCUGAGAAGAACUCAUAGUUUAUUUCUUACACUCUGUUUUUGUAAAUCACUUUAUUUCUAAUAUUCUGCACUUUUACUUCCUGUUGCAUUUUCUUCUAUAUUUUUAUUCACUCCUUUUUCUAUUUUCUUUCCACUAAUAUUUGGUUUUUCAAGUGUAAGACUGUGAGAACAGACUUCACCUCUCCUUCUGUAUUAGACUCAUCCCUGUGUAUGUACUCACAUACUGUGUGUGUGUGUGUGUGUGUGUGUGUGUGUGUGUGUGUGUGUGUGUGUGUGUGUGUGUGUCAGAUCCAGGGGGCCAUCAUUGUGUCCAGUACGGUGGAGCUGGUCAUCGGUAUUUGUGGGUUGCCAGGUUUGUUGCUGGAGUUUAUCGGUCCACUCACCAUCACCCCGACGGUCUCUCUGAUCGGACUCUCAGUCUUCACCACAGCCGGGGACCGAGCCGGGUCCCACUGGGGACUGUCUGCACUGUAAGGCCCCUGUCUCUCUGUAACUCCAUGUUUGAAGACUUCGACUCAUACCUGUCGGACUCACCUUUGUCUAUUCUCAGGUGUAUUCUGCUGAUAGUGCUGUUUGCUCAGUACCUGAGGGCGACAUCACUUCCUGUUCCUGUGUACAGCAAAGGAAAGGGACUGACCACCACUCGGGUCCAGAUCUUCAAAAUGUUUCCUGUAAAUAAAACACACACACACACACACACACACACACACACACACACACACACACACACACACACACACACACACCAAGACAAAUGAUGACAUCCUCCCUGAUGCCACUGGUGGUGUCCAAUGUUGUUAUAGCAACAGACGAGUUCUUAUAUCAACUCAAUUAAAUAUAAAUGACUCUUUGAGCCCAAGAUUCAAGUUUGCAGCAGACAUGUCCGUGUUGUUGGGAGCUUCAUCAUGUAAAGAUCAAUAUUUGAAUAUUCAGAAACAAGCCCGUAAGUCAAGCACCGCUGUCGGCACCCAGUCGCCUGAUAAAAGAAGGAACUAAAGAGUUUGAAUAUCGUUGGUUUUCCAGGGCAGGUCAAGGAUUCUCUGCCCUGAUGCCACAAACUCACAUGACAGGAUGUGGUUCUCAGUAUUUAUAAUCAUGAAACCAUUUCUCUGGCCUUUCUAAUUACCCAAGAAUCUCAAACACCACAUCAUCCAUUCAUGUCCAUUUAGACCCUGAUGGCAGGGUUUGGUUCUGUUUCCUGCUCAAAGACACUUGAGCUUGUUGGACCAAUUUUCCAAAUGAAGGACCGACCACGCUACCACAGAGUUUUGCUCACAUGUAAUGGCGGCCGCUAUGAUGUCAGGGGUCAGUAUUUUAUUUAUAUGUGUUUUCAUUGCAGUAUUUGUUACUCAUUAGGUGAAUUGGUUUGUGGGACAGCGCUGACUUUCCAGUCAGAACACAGACUGGUAGAACCUGUCAGGUUGUGGUUCUGGUGGUGGUGGUUGUUGGUCUGUGUUUGGUUCCUACACCCAUCUAGAUUCUUACAGGUUACUGAUUGAUCAGUUAGUUUGAUUGGACGAGGAUUGGUUGGUUAAAUAGCCUCUUAGUUGGUCAGUCAAAGAAAUGGUUUGAUGGUUGAGUUGGCAGUUGGUUGGUAAGUUAAUAAGUUUGUUGGUUGGAUGGCUGAUUGGUCAGUGGUUUGAUUUGUUGGUUUGUUACUUCAAGACCUGGGCAUGCUGGCUAUGGAUCAUUGACUAGUCUUUGGUGUUAGAUAUCAGGUAUCAGGGAUAUUUUGAAGGUUUCAGUUAUCAGAUAUUAGGUGUCAGGUUAGGGUGAUUUUACUUUCCUAUUGUUCUUGGAACUUGAACAUUACAGGAAUAAGUAACCAACAGAUCCUGUUUUUUCUUCAGAUCAUCCUCGCUAUCAUGCUUGUUUGGCUUGUCUGUUAUGUGCUCACUCUGACUGAUCUGUUGCCAAGCAACCCUGAUCACUAUGGACACAAAGCCAGGACAGAUGCCCGCGGUGACAUCAUGACUUCAUCACCGUGGUUCAGAGUUCCAUACCCAUGUAAGACCUCAACCAAUCAAUCAACCAACCGAACAAUCAACUAACUAACCAACCAACCAACCAACCAAUCAAUCAAUCAAUCAAUCAAUCAAUCAAUCAAUCAAUCAAUCAGUUGAUCAACCAACUUACCAAUCAACCAACCAACCGACCAAACCAAAAAUUCAUCAAUCAAUCAAUCAAUCAAUCAAUCAAAUUCUCAGCACAGACUCAGCCCCAACAGUUUCUUGGGUGUUUUCAGAAGCAGCUGUUUCAGGAGGUUCACAGGUGAGCUCGGUUGGACAGGUGUCUAAGGGAAGGUCAGAUGAAGGUCACUCAGAAUAAAGAUGAUGAUAAUAAUGCUGAUCGUUGAUUUUAAUGGUGAUAAUGAUAAUGUCAUAAUGAUAUUUACAGUGGUGUUGAUAAUCCGCAUCAGAAUUACUUUAGUGAUCCCAAACUGGGAAAUUAUGAUGUUCCAGUAGAAUUCUCCCAGUGAGCCAAAACAAUAUAAGAAGAGACAAGAAAUGACCUUAAUAACAAAAAAGAAAAGAAUAUAAAAGUUAAAGAAGUAUUUUCAUCACACAUUUUCCUUAGACUUUUUUUUUUUACAGUAAAUACAGAAUAUGAAUAAUUGGCCUUUUCACGCUGGAAUGUGAAAAGAGCAAUGAUGCCAGUGAAAGUAUAAUGUAUAAAGUAAAAUGUAAGAGUAUUUAUAGGUAUCUGAGCAGAGCAGAGGACAUAUAUCAUGAUGAGGUGAGCUGUUGGACAGUUUUAUGGCCUUUGGUAGGAAAGACUUCCUGUAUCUGUCCUUGUGACAUUGGAGAGCUGGAUCAGUCUGUUUGAGAAGGUGCUUCCCUGUCUGUCCAGUAGGUGGUGCAGAGGGUGAUCAGGGAUAUCCAUAAUGGAUUUCAGGUUGUUCAGGGUCCUCCUCUCUAACACCAUUACAGAAGAGUCCAGCUUGCAGCCUGUUACAGAGCAGACCCUCCUCAUGAGCUGAUCCAGGAGUUCGGUCUUCACCUGCAGCACUGAAAAGAGGACUCGCCACAAGAGACUGAUAGAAGAUCCUCAACAUCUCGCUGCAUAUGUUGAAGGAUCUCAGGUUCCAGUUCAGUUUGUUGUCCAUGAUGACACCUAGGUCCUUGCUGUCCUCCACCACAGAUACAUCCUCACCUAGAAUACACAGUGGUGGUGGUGGCGCUGUUGUCUUCCUUCUGAAUCACCGUCUCCCUGGUCUUGUCCAUGUUCAGAAUCAGGCGAUUUCUUCCUGUCGAUUUCACAAAGUUAUCCACCAGCUCUCCGUAAUACCCCUCUUGUCCACCACUCAUACACCCCACCACAGCAAAGUCAUCAGAGAACUUCUGGCUUGACCUGGAGUUGUACUGAAGGUCCAAGGUGUACAAGGUGAAGAGGAAAGGUGACAGUCCAGUUCCCUGUGGAGCUCCUGUACUACUCUAUUCCAGGGUUAACACUGCCCAGUAAGACACACUGUGCUCUGUCUGUAGUCAAGUAGUUUGUAAUCCAGGAGAUGAUGGAUGAGUCCACACCCGUCAGCUGCAGCUUCACUUCCAGUAGAGGUGGCUGGAUGGUGUUGAAUGCACUGGAGAAAUUGGAGAAGGUGAUUCUCACGGUGCAGUCAUGCCCAAGCAAGCAGGUAGAUAAUGGCAUUGUCCACCCCCAGGUGUGGCUGGUAGGCAAAUUGCAGAGGAUCUAGGAAUGUCUUCACCUGCGCCCUGGUGUGGGUCAAGACAAGCCUCUCUAACAUCUUCAUGACAUGAGAUGUGAGAGCAAUUGGUCGAUAGUCCUUUGGAUCCGAUGGCAACAACCUCUGAGGAUCUGGAACCAAGCAGGAGGUGUUCCACAGCCCCGGUCUCCUCUUCUAGCUCAGACUCAGGUUGAACAGGAUGAUAAUGAUGAUGAUGAUGAUGAUCAUAACGAUGAUGGUGAUAUACAGUAGGUUGUUAUAGAGAUGAUGUGAUGAUGGUGUUGGUAGUCAUGAUUGUGACACUGUAAAUGAUAAUAUGAUAAUGAAUAUAAAGACGAUGAUGAUAAUGAACGUGAUGAUGAAGAUAGAUGAUGAUGAGUGGGGUGUUAAAAUGUGUUGCCUUUGAGUUACAUUUGCACCUGUGUCCCUGGUAGGCCAGUGGGGGUUGCCAGUGGUAACAGUUGCUGGUGUGUUGGGAAUGCUGAGUGCAACGAUGGCGGGCAUUGUGGAGUCCAUCGGUGAUUACUACGCCUGUGCUCGUCUGUCUGGAGCCCCUCCCCCUCCAGUUCAUGCUAUCAACAGGUGAGUCAGGAAGUGAAAAACAGGAAGCAUGUUUUCUUACCUGAUGAGCUCCGUAUACUCAGGUGAGUACUGAAUUUCUCUCUCUUAUAGGGGGAUCUUCACUGAAGGAGUCUGCUGUAUCAUUGCAGGACUCUUAGGGACUGGAAAUGGCUCCACCUCCUCCAGUCCAAAUAUAGGUGUCCUGGGCAUCACCAAGGUAAAGGAAGCCAAGCCGCACUUUUGACAGGAUACUUUGUUGAAAACCUGAUGGUCCUGAAAGAAAAGUAGUUUUCUGCUGCCUAUGCCUGCCGAUCACAGUCUUUGGAUCAUAAGGUCAACAAAGAAACCAGUUGCCCACUGCAGGCCCGCGAUAAAAAGGUUAAAGACCCACUCCGAUGAAAAUGCUGUUUUUCUUGUUGUCUACAUGUUCAUAGAUCCUUUUCCUGAAGCUACGGCACAUAUCAGGAGAAAACAAAGAACUUCUGCGUUCACAUCGCUGUGAACCUCUCACAGACCAGAACGGCAGGUUCAGACCAUAGACUGCAUCCACCAGACAACUUGGCUCCGCCUUCUAUCAUUAUACCAAUUUGAAGCCGAAUUGCUCUUGGGAUUUCCGUGAUUCCGUGGUUUUAGCUAAAAACUUCAUAACAAUUUAAAGACAACUGAUAACACCGUAAAUAAUCUUAAAAAAUACGAUCGGAGUGGGACUUUAACGGCACUUCUUUUAUAAAUUUGAUGAGAACGGCUAAAGGCACUUUACAAGACCAACUCGAUCGUGUGUUUUUGGUCUGGAUUAAUACGUGGUUCAGGUCACUGAACUGUCUCAGCGGGUCCCAAAAGACCCCCUAAAAGACGUCAUUUUAACAAAGUAAAGAAUCUGAACCCCGGAGGACUGAUCAUCCCAAAACUUCAGAAACUGUCCCCAUCUUUCCCCCGCCCUGCAGCUCUGCCAUUGCUCACACUCUCUGACCAAUCCAUCAAUCAAUCAAUCAAUUUCAUCUAUAGAUACCAAAUCAUUAAAGUUAUGUUGUGACACUUUCUGGAUGGGGCAGGUCGAGAUUACAGACGAAGAAGCACUUGAGGUACGCUUGUGAUUCCGAUCUUUGGCAGCGUCAACAUUUUUUACUGUUUUACAAACUUUAUUUUACCUCCUAUGUUUCAGGAUCCUCUUCUUUCUAACCUGGUUUAUGGUUUGCUGUAUGAAGUCUUAGAUUUCUCUUUUUUCUCUUUAGUUUUGUUUUUUUUUUUGUAACCCUGUUUUGAAAGUGUUCCAUAAAUCAAGUUUAUCAUCAUUAUUUUGACUUUAACCUCCUUAUGUAGUUCUUAGACCGAUAAAAAUUGGAUCUACGAGUCCUAGACCUCUUGAGUUGAGUCUGGAUCUGGUCUCAGACCUUGGCUCCAAUUUGCUGGUUGGUGUUGGAUACAAGUCAACAUGCCUCUAAAGUUGAACCCUGAUCCAGCUCUCUUGAAGGACCCUGACCCCUCACUCCUGAUGCCCCGUCUGAACCCUCUUGGCUUUCAUUUCAUUCGUGAGGGAAACUUUAAAAUGGGUGUUUGAUUUGUUUACCCUUCAUGCAGGUGGGCAGCAGACGGGUGGUGCAGUAUGGAGCAGGCAUCAUGUUCCUGUUGGGAUCAGUUGGAAAGUUCACGGCCUUAUUUGCCUCACUGCCGGACCCCAUCCUCGGAGGAAUGUUCUGCACACUGUUUGGUGAGUCGAAGCUAAAGGUCAAGCAUAUCAGUCCAGGUGAGUCCAGGUGAGUCCAGGAUGUCAUCAUAGAUGUUUGUAAGUUCAACCAGGUAAAGUGGAGACGAUCACGUCUGUGUGUGAAUAAUCGUACAGGUGUGUUUAUGACAUCAAAAUGAUACAGGUGUGUGUGUGUGUGUGUUUCAGGUAUGAUCACCGCCGUUGGUCUCUCGAACCUGCAGUUGGUGGAUUUGAACUCAUCCAGGAACCUUUUCGUUCUCGGGUUCUCGAUGUUCUUUGGCCUCACUUUGCCCGCGUACCUGGAUGCCCAUCCCAAAUCGAUCAGUACAGGUGAGAGGAUGUUUCUGUGAACGUACCUGGAGUUCAGGUGUCUGUCAGGAUUCUUUCUCCUGACCCUGCGUCUCUGUGCGUUGUCUUUGGAGCGUCUGUGCUUCUCCAUUAGUUAAUUAGCUUUGUGUCUUCCUGUCCUGUUGUCCUCGUGGUGGUGACGCAGGCUAAUGGUGGAAAUGAAGCUAACUAAACACUGACCGGCGCCCCCUCAUGGUGCAUUGUUUGCAGUUGUAGCAUAAGCUGAUGUGUUUUCUGUGAGGUCUACUAAGGUCAAAACGGUGUCCCCUAAUCUCAUGUUGGGCACAGCGACCCUGUUCAAGUCUUGGUUCUGUUCUGGAUCCUAGCUGUCCAAGUUCCAGGUGAGGUCCACUUGUGGUGUGGCCAGACUCUUGGUCUUUGUCUUUAGAGGGGUACUGGUCCUACAGUCUCACAGUCCUCUACAUCCAUAUUUUGGAUGGUCUCCUUUUGGUCAGCCUAGAAGCUGCUGGCUGGUCUAAGGAACCCCUUAGUUCAUGGUCUCGGUCGGGCCGGUACCCCUGAUCCGGUUCCCCUGAUCCGGUAUCCCUGAUCUUGGAUUUCUUCACAGCUCAGUCUGUGGUUACCAAGGGUUACUUGGUUUUUCUAAGUAAAGAUACUGAACCUCUGGUCCGUGACCCGCUCAGCCUCUGAUCCGUCCAUCUCUGCACACCUGCACAGGUGCGUCACGGCUGUCUCAUGUGUUCACAGGUGUGGCCGAGCUGGAUCAGAUCCUGACGGUUCUUCUUUCCACUGAGAUGUUUGUUGGAGGAUUUUUGGCUUUUUGUCUGGACAACACAAUACCAGGUCAGAUACACACACACACACACACACAAACACACACACACAAACACACACACACACAGUAUCAAACACACAAACACACACACACACACACACACACACACUCACACACACACACACACAGUAUCAAACACACACACACACACACACACACACACACACACACACACACACACACACACACACACACACACACACACACACACACACACACACACACACACACACACACACACACACACACACACACACACACACACACACACACACACACACACACACACAUCUGUUGUGUCAUAGAGAAGUUCAUUGUUGUCAUAGUGUUUGUGUGUGUGUGUGUGUGUGUGUGUGUGUGUGUGUGUGUGUGUGUGUGUGUGUGUGUGUGUGUGUGUGUGUGUGUGUGUGUGUGUUUUUGUCUUCAGGGACCAGACAGGAGCGAGGUCUGGUGGAGUGGCGCUCCUCGUCCUCCUCGUCCUCCUCAUCAUCCUACGACCUUCCUGUUGGGAUGGGUUUGGUGCGGCGGACUCGCUGGCUCCGGCGGUUUCCCAUCAGCCCUUCCUUCACAGGUUUCCGAGCGACAAAGGAGGAAGAGCAGAGGGAGGAGGAGGGGGAGGGGGAGGAGGGCGAGAAGGUUGAUGACAUCAUUCAGUCCAGCACUAAGGUAUGA